GUUUCAUUGCCAAUGCUAGUAAUAAUAAUAAUAUAGAGCGGAAAGUAAUAGAAAGGUGCAGGGUGCAUGUGUUGUUGUUGGGACUGGGAGAGAUAGUGAUAUAUACUACGUAUGUAUCCGGACUUGAAGCGAUGAGCACAUGGGCAUGGGCCCACUGCUCUGCUAGUCGCCAACUCGCAAAUGGAUACCGCUCUGAGAACAAUUGAACAAAACCGGGAGAUGGAUGAUGAUCAACCUCUCGCCUAUUCCCCUCGGUAAUCAACAACCACUUGCUUUCCUGCAUCACUCUACUUUCUACUCAUUCGCUCCGCUUCUUCCUCUCCAUUUCCAUUUCACUAAUAUUAUAUAUAUUGCCUCCUUUCUCCUGGAUACAUGUCACUCGGGUUUAACCAUAACCCUUUCUUUGAAUUUCUUCUUCCUUGACACAAUAGGCACGCUGAUGUCUCAACCGCAUACAUCGUCUUCUGGGAUAGGCUCAAUUUCGUGUUUAUUGUAAUGGGUUGUGUCUACUCCAAAGCAUGCAUUGGGCAGAUAUGUCCUCCGAGAGAGUUGGAUGCUAGAGACCCUGGAAAUGUCAAAGUAGCGUCUGAGAACCCUGUCUUUUCACCUGCUUCCUCAGACGCGGAGGAUGUGGACAUCAGGGAACAGUCAAGUAUAGGCAGGGACCACGAAAUUGGUAUAGCUAGGUCAUCUCGCGUCUCUUUACAAAUGUUACCCCCCGAAGGGGGCUCCAUACUUCAACCUGCUAACUACGAAUUAAGGUACUCAUAUCUGUCUCAAACAGGGUAUUAUCCCGAUUCUCUUGAUAAAGCUAAUCAAGAUAGUUUUUGCAUCUCUACUCCUUUUGGGAUGACCCUGGAUGACCAUUUCUUUGGGGUUUUUGAUGGACAUGGAGAAUUUGGAGCUCAAUGCUCACAGUUUGUGAGGAAGAAGUUGUGCGAAAAUUUGCUUCGGAAUAACAAAUUUCAUCUAGAUGCUGUUGGGGCAUUCCAUGAUGCUUUCUUGAUCACUAACUCACAAUUGCACGAUGAUGCCCUGGAUGAUAGCAUGAGCGGGACUACGGCAAUUGCCGUACUGGUACGUGGAAAAACAAUUUAUGCUGCCAAUUCAGGCGAUUCAAGAGCCGUCAUAGCUGAGAGAAGGGGAAAUGAUAUUGUGGCAGUGGACCUAUCGAUUGAUCAAACCCCAUUUCGUCAUGAUGAACUUGAAAGGGUUAAGCAAUGUGGGGCAAGGGUUCUCACCAUGGAUCAGAUUGAAGGACUGAAGAACCCAGACUUGCAAUGUUGGGACACAGAGGAAGGCGAUGAUGGUGAUCCUCCUAGACUUUGGGUACAAAACGGGACAUAUCCUGGUACUGCUUUUACAAGAAGUAUAGGAGAUUCUAUUGCUGAGACUAUUGGUGUUGUGGCAAACCCUGAAGUUACAGUUCUGGAGCUAACCCCAAAUCACCCCUUCUUUGUGAUUGCCAGUGAUGGUGUAUUUGAGUUCCUCUCGAGCCAAAACGUUGUGGAUAUGGUUUCGAAGUAUAAGGAUCCCCAGGAUGCUUGUGCAGCCAUAGUUGCUGAAUCAUAUCACCUGUGGUUACAGUAUGAAACUCGUACUGAUGACAUUACUGUGAUAGUUGUCCAUAUUAUUGGAUUAAAUGAUGCUGCAGGUGUUCAAUCCAAAAGUUAUGAAGCAGCUGUAAGAUUCCCUUUACUUCAGGAUGCAGAUACAUCAGGUUCAGAAUCUCCAACUGUCAUGAGCUGGAAAUCAAAGAAUCAACGAGAAAGACAAGAUAUAUCACAUGCACGGCUUCAUGCUCUUGAAAAUUCCCUCGAGAAUCGGCUGAUUUGGAUGCCUCCUUCUCCACGUCACAGGAAGACCUGGGAAGAAGAAGCACAAAUUGGGCAGGUCUUGCACGAUCACUUUCUUUUUAGAAAACUGACAGAUUCUCAGCAUCAUGUUUUACUGGAUUGUAUGAAAAGAGUGGAAGUUCAAGCAGGAGACAUUGUAGUGAAUAAGGGUGUUGAAUGUGAUUCGUUUUAUGUAGUUGGAAGUGGAGAAUUUGAGGUCCUGGAAACAGAGGUGGAAAACCCCGGAGGAACACAAAGGGUUCCACAGGUAUACACCGCUGAGAAGCUAUCAUCCUUCGGAGAGCUGGCCCUGAUGUACAACACACCUGCACAGGCCUCUGUUCGUGCGUUAACAACUGGAACACUCUGGGAACUCACAAGAGGAGAUUUUAGAGGAAUCCUUACAUCAGAAAUUUCUUAUCUGUCAUCAUUGAAACUGCUUCAUUCAGUAGAUCUUCUAUCAAGACUGACAAUUUUACAGCUAAACCAUAUAGCAGAUUCUCUUUCAGAAAUUAGUUUCUCUGAUGGGCAAACUAUAGCAAAUAAGGAUGAAGAUCUCCUUGGUCUGUACAUCAUCCAAAAAGGGGAAGUCGAAGUGACAUUUGACAUGGAUACAGUGAAAAUAAAAAACAUAUCAAGUCUCAUAUGCGACAACAAGAAGCAUGAUUUGGUGCCAAACAACAAGGGUGUCUCACUGCAAAAGGCUGAAGGAAGCUAUUUUGGGGAGUGGACACUUCAUGGCGAAAAUGUUGGCUGCUUAAGUGUCAUUGCUGUGGGCAAUGUAGUUUGCUCGGUCCUAACAAAGGAAAAGUUUGAGAGAGUCAUGGGACCUGUGACAACUUUCACCGGGUGACGAAAAAUUGCAAUUCAUUCAUGUGCCCUUUGAUGCGAUUCUCACUGGAUGAUCUCAAGUAUGUUAGUAUCUUCCGUGAACUUGUGAAGUAAUCAACAUAAGCAACAAAUUAGUAUCUUCGGUCCUUGGCAGUAAUGAGAACUUGAGAAGCUCACCACCCUCUUCUUUAUGUGGGCCCACAACUACUCUUCAAAUAUCUCUGAAGAACCAAUCAAAAGGUGUGGCACUUCGAUUCAUGCAAAUUUGCAACUCAUUGAUUUCGUAGCGUUGCAUAUUUUUCAGUUAAGAGUUCCAAAAACCUGUGUGGGUGGUUCGGCCAUGACUGCACUUGCCAAUUAUUUUAUAGUAAGGCAUGCCCUUUAUUCCAGAGGGUUUGAGGCCUAGCUGUGUGGCCUUCCAUAUACUUUCCUUGAGGGUUGGAAUCAUCUUAAAGUGCUGCACGGCCUGCACCCCUAUCCUUGAUAUGUAGAUGGUCUUACCCAAUGACCUAAUAAUUAUAUAAACAGGAGAUUUUAGUGGCAAUCCGAUGUAACACAGGAUUCUCUGCAUUUCAGAACUUACAGAAAGUUGGAACAGCUUUCUUUUCCUUCUCAUUUCUACAGAUAAGAUGCUUAGCCUGGAUAGAUUUUCAAAGCUAUGACUUUUUGAUAACAGAACAAGUUUGAAAAGAAUUGGUGUUAUUGAUGCGCCUAUGGUCUACCUCAACACCUUGUUAAGGUUGCAUAACGUACUUCUACAAUUGAAGUAACAGUAUACAAGUCAACAAAUGCAGUUAUAUUGAGCAGUGGAGGGGCGGAGUUAUUUUCUGCUCUCAUCAGUUUAACUGUAUAGAAGUAGAGGGCUACGUUAAAGCUUCUCAUCCUCUACAACAACAACAACAACAACAACAACAACAACAACAACAUCCAAGCCUUAAUCCCAAAAGAAAAAAAGAGAGAGAAGGGGAGUACAUCUGCAUAGAACUGGAGGAUGGAGUCAGGACUUCGAAAAGAAUAAAAUGAUAAAUAACUCAUAUAGUCAUAUGCCACUUCUAAUAAGCAGGGGGAGGUGUUCAGGACGGGAGUGAGGGUGGAGGAUGUAAGAGUAGAGUAGCCGCAUCACAUGGUGGCUGAUUACAUAUAGUGCUGCAUUUAUUUCUUUGUUACCUGUUGUUUCUAUCCUGCAAUCUAUUAUGACCUAUGUUUAGAUGUUUCCAUAGCCUAAAUUUGUUUGUGUAAUUGCUGUAGGCGGGCUGUGAGGACAGGAUCUACUUCAUGCUACAUGGUGAAAUGAGGCGUGUGAACUUAGUUUUGCUCAAAUUGCAUAAUUAUUUGAAGUGAAUGAGAACUUGAGACUUGGAAUUCAAGGUGUCAACCAAUCAGGACGAGUGACACAAAUGAGACAAGAAAAUUAAGACAAGAUUGAAUUCCUCAAAAUCCACCUGUAGUUUGAUGGUUUUUAUUGGAAUGGGUAUACUCCCAAUUCAACAUCCCUAGGAUUGCUACAGAUUUACAUAUCAUGACUCCGAAGAUUCAUACUCCCCAUAGCUUGAAGAAUUACAACGGUGUUGUGCCCUUUUUCCAUCCAUAUGUUGGAAAUUGCUCCACCAGCAUUAUAUAAAACACUACUUACAUGUAGUUAGUUUCCUCAAGUAAUUACUAGAUAUAAUAAGCACAAAUAAUAAAAUGAGUAUCAGCAAAUAUACCUAAAACAACUAUUAUUAAAAGAUCCCACAAUUACAUCCCG